GUGUGUGUGUGUGUGUGUGUGUGUGUGUGUGUGUGUGUGUGUAAUCUUUCACUACCUGUGUGUUUCAGGGACACCUCUGGUCAGGGACGGUUCUGCACCAUCUUCAGAUCUUACUCCAGAGGAGCUCAGGGAGUUAUUCUGGUGUACGACAUCACCAACCGCUGGUCCUUUGAUGGGAUCGACAGGUGGAUCAAAGAGAUAGACGAGCAUGCCCCGGGGGUUCCCAAGAUCCUUGUCGGGAACCGCCUCCACCUGGCCUACAAGCGACAGGUGACCACGGAGCAGGCGCAGGUGUACGCGGAGAAGCUGGGCAUCACCUUCUUCGAGGUCAGCCCGCUGUGUAACUUCAACAUCACCGAGUCCUUCACUGAACUCGCUCGAAUCGUGCUGAUGAGACACGGCAUGGAGCGACUGUGGAGGCCCAACAAAGUGUUGACUCUCCAGGACCUGUGCUGUCGCUCCAUCGUCUCCUGCACUCCGGUCCACCUGGUUGAUAAACUCCCGCUCCCUCUGGCUCUGAAGUGCCACCUGAAGUCCUUCUCCAUGGCCAACGGCCUCAACGCCCGCAUGAUGCACGGACGCUCCUACUCCGUCACCGCCAACGGCAACGGCGGCGCCAACGCCCACCACGGCACCACUAAGAGGACGGGAGGAGCGCUGCUGAAAAAGACCAAACUAAUCCGCCCGCCACCGCUCAGCCCGUCUGCACAGAGCUGCAGGAACAGCUGUAAGAUAUCCUAACAGAUGGGUCAGUGAACGCACCGUCUCCUGUUGUGUGAGACCACCAAGUCUACUGUUCUCUUCAGACUGAGAGGUUGGUGGUUACAGCUUUACAUAUCUGUUACCGCCAUGAAUGAGCAGCAAGAGGAGGACACAGAAACACAAGAGAACUCGAGGAGUUGAAGUCCUGCUGUCUUUUUAAAACAGUUUCCUCUGAAGUCCUUCUGAACUUCUGAGACGUGCUCAUAUUCACAGAUUGAUGACACCUCGUCACUUUACAAACAUAAACAUGUUCUUCAUCUGCUCUCCAGCUGUCAUGUUUCUGUUUACAGGUAUAAAUACAGUUACAUUAAAGAAACACAGAACUCAAAACAACAAAACAAAAAUGUUUUAUAUCAUUAAUAUUUGUAAAGUCAGAUCUCUGUACAUAAACAGCUGAAAGUCUCUAAAAUCAGCUGGAAGACUUGUUGAAAGGAAACUGUUGAUGGAUUCACCUGGAACAGCUGUUUGAUGUAUUUGUGGUUCUGUUUUGUUGUUGUGAAGAACUGUCCAAUCAAAGAAGAGGUGACAUCAUGUCCACGUGGACGACAUCAACAGGAAACACUGUCAAAAUAAAAGAGCGAGUAUGUCUUCUUUCUGCAGCCGCCGGUAAAUCAAACCAACGUUCAUCAGUUCAUCAGGACGACAACCUGAGAUUCAGAGAUAAUGUUGAAAUAUCUUAGAAUAAAUGUAACGCCGUGAUAAAAAGACGUUUUCAUUUUCAGGAAGAAAAAGAGAUAUAAUUGUAAUCAUGAUAUUUUAUAACUUGCUGUUGUCCUCGCUCCAGGAGGUCGAUCUUAUUAUGAUGCAGCUGAAUGUUCCUGUAACAGUGAGUUGUGUUCACUGUCAGCUUCUCCCUCAGGACGUUUCUAACUCUUAUUUGGACGCUUCAUUCUUCAUGAUCAGCUUCUUCUUCAUGGCCUGUUUCUCAUGUACAGCUGCAGCUUGUGUACAAUAUUUGUACGUAUUGUAAAUAUCACUGUUUGAUACGAUGAUAAGUGACCACGUGGGGUUUUGUAUCCGUGACACCAAAGACUCACCUGUCACUGAACACACAGGUGAGUCUUUGCAGCGUUUAUCAACGUUUAAAAAGAGACACCUUUACAAUGAACUCCUCCCACCGUGAGCGGCUGCUUUGUGGUCGAAUAAAGGAGAAAUAUUCCCAGACAGGAAGGAGAAGUUGUGUGUGUUUAACCAAACCACCCAAAACCCAUAAAGCCCGAAAUAAACUCACUCAACACGAUGGUACAGAGAAACAAGAAGAGGAAUUUAAAUUAAUGCAUGCAAAUAAUAAAAAAAUAGA